AUGCGAGAAGACGUGCUCCUCCGAUUUCUUGCCAUCUUCCUCUUUUUCCAUCCAAUUUUUUGCUCCACCGCACUCAAAACAUGCAAAAGUUUCUGGGUAUCCAAUCGGCCAUCACAGGACUGCAGUUCUCUAUCCCUACAAGAGCCUCCACCACUUCUGCCCAACGUCCUCUCUCUAUCCGUCUCAAAUAAUUCGAUUUUUCGAAUUUCAAAUUUCCCGCCCGACUACCGCCGUCUGCAAUCUCUGCGUCUCGAUCAGUGUCAGCUGGAGAAGCUGGAAUUCGAGGCUCUUUCAGUUUUCGAGCAAUUAAAGGAGCUGGAUGUUUCUAGAAAUUCCUUAACCAAAUUGAUAAUUCCCAGAAAUUUAGUCUCGUUGAGAGUGCUAAAUUUGGCGUUUAAUUCGUUUAGCUACGUUCCGGACAUGUCCCACUUGGAAUCUCUGCGUCUCGUCGAUCUAUCCCACAAUCGCCUGAUCUCUGUUCGUCCCCGAAUGCUACCAUUCAAUUUAGAAGUCGUUCGACUAUCAGCAAAUCGAUUCACCCAUCUUUCGCCAUGGCCAUUUUUGCAUAAGCUACAGGAACUCGACGUAACAUUUAACGACCUGGAAUGUGACUGCUCUCUAUGGCAUUUCGUAACAUGGGCUGAAAAAUUGGCUCUUUUUGAUAGCACAAUGCUUCCAUGCCGACGACCCAGUGAGCUGCGCAAGAGCCCCAUAGAUGGAACGACAGUCUGCGGUCCUACAGUAGUCUCGUCGUCAGCGGAGUCUGUUGUCGUUUCGCUGGAAGAUUCUCAUACAAUGUGCUGUACUGCACUAGCCACACCACCGCCACAACUAUUUUGGCAGUUGAACGGGAAAAAUAUUUCGAAUGGACUCUCUCAAAAACACCUCUCGGACUCUGGAAAAGUCGAAUUUUGCUUGGAAAUUCGAAAGAUUCAACUGAAAGACAUGGGCAAGUACCGAUGUGUCGCCUCGCUAGCCGGUUUGAACUCAUCGAAGGAGUUUCAUGUGGAGCGCGACAAAAUCCCAAUAGUACUGAAUUCAGCAGAAGGGAUGGUAAUCUACUGUCAAAUUACAAUAUGUGCAUUCCUCGGCGUCUGUUGUUUUAUAAGCUGCUGUGUUUUGCGCUCCGGUGGCCGCGGAAAAACUCGGCCAAAUCGAGAAUUCCUCCAUACGAAAGUUAUGGAAAUCCCCAGAGAUUCGUGUGAAUAUUGCUGCGAUAUUGGCAAUGUAGAAGUUGGAGAUGGAGAUGAAGAUGAUGACGUGGCAUCUAGAGAGUGUGACGAUUGGGGAGACGCAGAGACAGCGGCGGUUCGACAGUAUCUUCAGUGGCGCGCGAUGCACCAGGAUCAGCAUAAGUACUCAAUGAUCCCCCAAAUCCGCCACGAAAGUCUGUGCCGCCUGUCCAACGAGGCGAGCCUGAGCAAUCGCGCUCCAUUGGCCAAAUUCGACGAGCAUCAACACUCGGUGUCCUUUGAUAUGACACAUUUGUGA